AUGAAAUUCUGCACAGGCGUUGUCGUAUGUACGCUGCUUGCUUCGGCGGUGCGCGCGGACACGCGCUUGUCGGACAAGCUGCAGGUGGGCGUCAAGUACCGUCCGGAAGUGUGUGAUGACAAGUCGCAGGCGGGAGACUUGUUGGCCAUGCACUACACGGGGACGUUGGCGGAUGGCAAAAAGUUCGAUUCGUCGCUAGACCGCGGUCAGCCAUUCGAGUUCACCUUGGGAAUUGGUCAGGUCAUCAAAGGCUGGGACAAAGGAUUGCGCGACAUGUGCGUGGGCGAGAAACGCAAACUCAAAAUCCCGCCCUCGGAAGGCUACGGCUCCGCGGGCGCUGGCGGCGUGAUCCCCCCCAACGCGCAUCUGAUCUUCGAAGUCGAGUUACUGGAGAUCAAAGGCGCGCGUGUGAGUGCCAAGCAAACCACCGCUUCCGCACACGCCGAAUUGUAG